AUGAUCCGCCAAACCGGUGCCAUUCUGUUAACCCUCCUUGGCCUCGGCUCCGCAGUGCUGGGAGAGGGUGCUUCUGCGUCGAUGUCUGUUCCUCGCAGCCCAGCCGACUCGGGAAAGACAUGUACACUCGAUCCAGUUGGAAAUAAUGAAGACGAUGUACCUCAGAUUCUCGAAGCAUUCGAGGCGUGCAAUCACGGCGGAACAGUGGUCUUCCCAGAGGGUUCAACCUUUUACAUUGCAACCAAGCUAAACCCUGUAAUCUACGACGUCACCAUUGACUGGAAAGGAAUUUGGCUGUUCUCGGACGACCUGGACUAUUGGCGCUCAAACUCCUACCCGAUACCCUUUCAGAACCACGCCGCGGGUUUCAUCAUCUCAGGCGAGAGGAUUCACAUCAAUGGCUACGGAAUUGGCAAGAUCGACGGGAGUGGUAACACCUGGUACACCGCCGAAGCAGGCGAUACACAGCCGGGAAGACCGAUGCCUUUCGUCUUUUGGAAUGUUUCUGAUGUCCUUGUUGAGCACUUCUCUGUGGUUCAGAGUCCACUUUGGUCUGUAAAUAUCAUGAACGGGACUUCGAUGUGGUUCGAUGAUAUUUAUGUGAACAAUACCGCGCUUGAUGCUCCAUAUGGACACAAUUGGGUUCAAAACACGGACGGGUUCGACACUAUGGACGCUUACGACAUCAGACUUACAAACUUUGUCUACCAAGGAGGCGACGACGCUAUUGCUAUCAAACCUCGGUCGUACAACAUAUUUAUCCAAAAUGUAACAGUGCAUGGUGGUAAUGGCGUCGCAAUCGGAAGCCUAGGCCAGUACCUCGAAGACAGUUCAGUGGUGAAUGUCGUUGUCAAAGAUGCUAAAAUACUCACCUACAACAACGACAUGCAUAAUUCGGCGUAUAUCAAGACUUGGGUCGGCGAGCUGGUUCCCCAAGACAGCUAUGAGAGCGACUACCUGCCGAGAGGUGGAGGGUGGGGUGUUGUACAGAACAUACUCUUCGAAAACUUCUACAUCGAAGGGGCCGCUGCGGGCCCUAGCAUCAGCCAGAACUCGGGCAACAAUGGUUCGUAUCUGUCCAGUCCAGAAUCGUAUCUCACACCAUCCCUCCCCGGGAUAUCCCAUGGGAUGACAUCAAAAUUCUGA